AUGUCAUGGCGUAGUUCACAUUUAUUUCGUUUCAUCACGAUAAGGAAAGGGUGCAAGCGUUCAGUUGGGCUACACAUUAGGAUACUUUAUUCCUUAUCGUGCUUGUGGUUGACUAAACUAGAUGCACUAGAGUAUACUGAGCAAAUAGUGGGCGAUACGUUGAACGAUUCAUUGGGUGCAUUGGCAGCCAACGACCCCCCACCUCAUUGGCCUUCUCGUCCUUCGAUGUAUCUCCAAAACCCAACAGGCCCUCAUUUCCUCCGCCGCAGCGUUGCCACUUUUGGGGCGAAGCCACUUCGAGCGGCCCGCCAUCGGCCAUUCAGCCCGCUUUACACCCCCCUGCGCGGCGCCCACGUUUCCUCCACCUCCCAUCGACCCGCGGCGGAGGAAUGGGCGGAAGCCCCCCUCCCAAACCUCGCGGACCACGAGGAGGAGGAAGCCGUCGGGAAUGCGAUUCCACCUUCCCAACCCGGGCGCCGCAAGAUGAGCGGUCGAAAUAACCGCACGACGAUGCGUCGGGCCCCGUUUGGCGGCCUCGAGGCCCUCCAGAAGUCCUCGCGCGCGGCGAAACCGCCGAAAGGAAAGGCCGCCGCCCCCGCGGAGGACGCGAAAUCGCCCGCCUCCGCGAAAGUCUCCUCGCCGGCCGCGCGGACGGGGAAUGGCGAGCAAAGGCGGCGGGAGGUCGCGGCCCUCGCGCGGCUUCCCCAAAGCGCGCUUCGGGCGUCGAUCGCCCGCAAGCGGCUUUUCAUCCAACAACGACGCCAACAACGGGAGCUGCUGCGGAAAAUCCAGUCUUCCACCCCUUCACCGGUCCUCAAUGAGGGGAAUAAACCCAACGCCCGGCCUCGUUCCGGCGAAUCCGCCGCGGUCGAUGCGGCCCCGAAGGCGAAACGCCGCAAAACGACGCCGCCCGCGUUGGGAAGCCCCCCUCCCGCCGUGGUGAGCAAUCCGCUUUAUUUCCCCGACUACCGCGAGCAGGUGCUUGUCAUUUUCCAACAAUUAGGGGAGAUCAACAUCGCCCUUGGGGAGAAGUAUAAAACGCAGUCCUACCAGGUCGCGGUGGAGCGGCUGAAAAGGGAGGAGAACAUUUUUAAAUUGCUCCCUCCGCACCUGCGGCCGCUCCCCGCGAACGCGCACGCGCUCGGGACCGAGGUGGAGGUCAACGAACUCCUGGCAAAGCGCGCGUACGCGCUGGAUCCCUCGCGGUCGAUUCCCGGGAUCGGUGAUAAGCUCCGGCGGAAGAUUGUGGAGAUCCUCACGACCGGAGACCUGGAGGAGCUCCACACGUUGGAGGCGAAGCCCGUAAUUCGGGCGAUUCGGCAGCUCACGCAAGUCCACGGCUUCGGCCCCCGCACGGCGAUGUCGUUUUAUAAAGACUACGGCAUCAGCAAUGUGGAGGAGCUCAAGGCCUACGCCGAGCGGCAGGACGGGGCGAAGGGCCCCGACGCCGACGAGGCGGCCAGCGGGAAGAAAGGCAAGCGCAAAAAGGCCUUUCACCUCACCGACGCGCAGCGGAUCGGGUUGAAGUACUACAAGGAUAUUCAACAACGAAUUCCCUACAACGAAUGCCGCCUGCACGAGGCCUUCCUGAAGCUCCGGCUGCGCAAACAUCUCGGCCGGGACUACGAGUUGACGGUCUGCGGGAGUUAUCGCCGCAAGGUCGCGACCUCGGGCGAUAUCGACGUCCUCAUCACGAGGCGGGAUGGGCUCGAGAAGCAGGCGGAUCCCUUGGCCUCCUCGCAGGACGCCCUGGGGGUUUUUACCGCGGCCUUGCAGGACGAGCGGUAUAUCGAGGCCACGUUAGCCCAGGGCCCGACGAAAUUUAUGGGCGUCUGCCGGCUUCGCGGGCUUAAAAAGCCCGGGGCCUCGGACGAGGGGCCCGUGGCGACCCGUCGCUUUCACGCGCGGCGUAUUGACAUCCGCUUUGUCGACGCCGCGAGCUAUCCCGCCGCGAUGCUGUAUUUUACCGGAAGUAAAAACUUCAACGUCAUCAUGCGCGCGGAGGCGAUUAAGAAGAAUUUUAUCCUUAAUGAGUACGGGCUGUUUCGCAAUCGCUCCAGCAGCGCCGCGGAGACCGGGCGGCUGCACGAGAUGAUCGGGCAGCUCUCCAAGGCCCAGUACUACACCAGCAAAAAAGGCGCCCUGAGUUAUUCCCACAGCAACCUCCCCACCGACGAGGAGAACGAUGGCCCCGCCGCGACGAGGGAUAAACGCGGGCGGCCCGGGUCCGGCAAGAUGCAGCCGGCGGAGCUGAUGGAGGUGCUCCGGGAGGUUGAGGCGUUGCGGGUGAAGGUGCAAUCCGAAAAGGACAUCUUCGACGCGAUUGGGAUGAGCUACGUUGAACCACAGAACCGGAAUCUUUAA